UACAAUUUACCCCCAGUGAAUAUUCGCAGUUGGGGUUUAACUUGACUUUCAUAUUGCCUUUACUUUAAUUUGUUUGCAUAUUUCUGACACAGAUAAUGUAUCGCCGUAAGGACACAAAGAGCCGGUUUACCAUACCUUGAGACUGCUUAUUAAGGUGUUAACGUCUGGGCGAAAAGUUAACAUUGUGUGUGAGGGUUAUAUCGAUUGAUAUCGGAACCAGAGGCAUUAUAUUCAUUGAUCAGGACAGUUGAAAAACUCUGGAGAUACUGCGACGGUGAGGGAAAGAUUUCUGCAUAAAACAUGAGGUUAGUGCAGCAGGGUAUUUCACCUGUAGUUUAAAGCGAUAAAAACUCGUCGACAAUUCCAUUCGGAACAUUUUCAUAUUGAAGAUUCUAUUCUUAUCAACGAUCAAAGCAAACAAGCAAACCAUUUGCCAAAUCAUUGAUACACGACAUAUUAUAAGAGUUCGCCUUCAUAACGUCAUACUGGCAUUUUUAAACUAGCAUUUUCCUCUCGCUCUGUUGUAUGUUGCAAGAGUAGUUCUUUUACUUUGGCUUAAAGGACGUCACACAAAGUCAAUAGCAUUUUAGGAAUAUUGUUUGAACAUAUUCACCCAUUUUCCCAAGUCAUAAAAAAGGAACGUCCCUUAGUCUGAGAUACGCGAGACUCCUAAAACGACACUUCCAAAUAAUAAGAAAGAAAUUGUAUAAAGAAUACGAUCCAAAGAAAGCAAUCUUCACCGUUGUAUUAUUUCAUUCAAAGAAAGCAAAAUUAGUAAUUAUGUCAAUGCAGUUGUCAGCCGUGAUAUUUUACCGCCGCUUGUUCUUCUAUAAGCUACAUACAGACAUAUUUAAAACUGAUUGAUUUGCGGGUAAACAAAUCUCUAAGCUUCGGAAAACAAAGAAAUUUGUGUGCUCAUAGCAUUUUCCAGAUUUGAAAUGUUAAAUGUUUCACAAGGCGUCAGGGUGUUCUUGAACUUGAACUUGGCGCACGGAUUUCUUAAAGGAAGGCAAAUUGCUUAAACGGUUGACAGACACUUAAAAUAUGUAAAUUUUAGGCUUAAAAGGAAUAAUCAUGAAACCGGUAAAAGGUUAGAUUGCCUUAUUUCCUUAAAAUGCCUUAAAGAACAAGAAAAUAUGCUAUUUAUUUUGUACGUCCAGAGAACAAACUGCCAUCAACAUAAUAACGCUUUUUUGUAUUUACCAAUACGACGGAAUUAAAUUACUGACAUUUUAAAUUUCCUUUUAUACGAAGCGAAUUUUUACCAUUAUCCAUAAUUAUUAUGUAUAUUUUACUAUGAUUUUCAUCUUUUAUUAAUGACACAAGGAAAAUGUUUCUUUCAAAAACAAAUCCUUUCUGAUUCUACAACUUCCUUUGAAAGUCAAGUCUAUCUUUUUGCGUCUUUUUGCGCAUUUCCAGCCAUUCGGUAUAACUCAGCGAAUUCUGCUGACCGAAACCCCCUCAAAAACUGAAAGUCCCCUAAUUAAAAUAUUUUACUUCUCCAAAACUCCCAAAAAAAAAUUUCAAUUUUGGUUGCUAAAACAAUAAACAGUACUGCCAUUUUAUAAAUUCAAUAAAAUCACCAAACAUUAGGAUAAAUGCUAUCUUCAAGUGUGAUCUUCAUCCUGGAAUCUCCAAAACUUAUUCUCGACAAAAAAAGAAAACAUUUAAGGUAACUGUGACUUUCCAAAAAGUUAGAAUCAAAUUUCAUUCCAUCUAACGCGAAAUUUUGCACACGUAUCCCUUAACUGUUCAAGAGUUCGAUACUACCGAACACUAGUCGCUAAAUGCAGCGUAACGAGCUUCAAGUGAGACUCCCUGCUAUGAGAGCUGCUCGAAUGUUCAUAAUGACAAAAAGAGGGCUUUAGAAAAAUAGUUAUUACUAUAGUCUAAGCUUCAGACAACACUCUAAAGUGAAGCAUUUUAAAGUUAACGUUUCUCCUCUUAAACGUACAACAACACACCCUUUUUGUUCUCUUUUGUCCGUAAUUAUUAGUGAAUAAGACAAUAUUUUGUUCAAGUUAACUUGUUUUCGCGAGAAUUUUUAGACGGAAGUAUAUUUAACAAUUAUUCCUUCGGCCUCAUGGGCUAUUGACUCAGAGGCCAUGAGGGCAAGAGGAAUAAUUGUUUCAGUAAAAUCCAACGAGUUGGUCAAAAAUAUCGAGACAAAACAAGUUCAGCUAGUUAAAGCUAAACUUAAAUCCUUUUUUUGCCGCUAAAAAAGCCGGCGCUUGUCGCUACUAUUGGAUUAUAAAAUAUAGCCUAGUAGUAGCUCAACCAAUCAGAACGCAGCAUUGAUAAUAGACCACUAGUUAGAUUUUACUAUAAUCUCCGUUAUCUCAAUCGUUGAUAGUGGCUUUACCCCCUUAAGAGCAAACAUAUGUCCUGACUUUGGUUUUUUUUUAAUCAAGUCACGCUCAGUGAGGAACUCUGUCAUUAAGCUUAAAUUUUUAAAUCAAAAUGAUGGAUGUCUGUACUUUAUGAAUAAAGACGUUUUUAUGCAAGAUUGCUCAUAUCGCUCAAGGAUGCAUAUUUUUAGUCGACAGACUUGAUUUUACCUUAAGCUUAACCUUAUUUAAAGUCAGAAGCUCGUAACGCGGAGCAAGCAAACUCCCAUCUAGGCUCAUGUCAAGGAUCACUUUUUGCUAAGAUGAAUUUUUUUGCUGAGAAAAUGCAGAGAAGCUGACCGAUCCAGGAACGCAUUCUAAGUAAAAGAUAUGAAAAAGUAAAAAUGAACGUUAUAAAAAGUUCAAAAAUAGAAUUUUCAGGUCCGUGGCUUUUGCUGACUUGCUUGUUGGACUUCAAAGAUAUUCUAAAUUCACGCCAAAAUAAUUCUAAAAAUAAACUGGUCGGUGAAAAAGCCGUGCAUGUGACGCGAGUACAUGAAAAUUGCUAGCUCCAGGUUCUGGGCUCCUGUUAUUGCUAUAGUCAGUUAUAAAAUAACAGCGUUUGCACGAGAGUACGUAAAUAUGGUUGUGACGUCAAGAAGUUUUGCUUUUCGCGCGCUAAUCACGCAAGCACGGAAGAUGUUUUCUAUUGUUUAACUAUUGAUCCUAGCAGGGCAGCAAAGUCUUUUUUAAUUGAAAGGACUAGUCGGCCAUACACGAUUGUUACCCCUACCCCUACCCCUUCUAAUGCGAUGGUAUCGAUUUGCUGUGCAGCUUUAGUAUCGUGGUUGUUAGUGAUUGGCGGAUUUCUAUCCUUGCUGUUUAAGCUGGUUGUAAUUUGCUGUUGUGUUGUCUGGAUCGGAAUCUUUAGAGGAAACUACUAGGACCCUACGAGGACACCAGUGUGGGUCGCCGUCAAAAAGAAGCAUUUGUUCCAAUGCGGUUGCUACCCGGUGAACAGAUCUCGGGUUCCUGUCAGCUAGGUCUAAAGUCACUGUCCUUUUAGGUAAGCUCUAUCACAAGCUGAUUACUAAUUCCUGGCCACUUUGACUCUGGUGUCCAACGGAAUGUAUUUCUGGUCAAUCAAUCAAGGUUAUUGUUCUUGUUGUUGUCUUUGUUAACAAGGAGGCAAUUCUGAUGAAGCCAGGAUGGCAAUCAGAGCUAAGCUGAGAGUUUACAACAAAAUGGAGUACCGUAGGGGAGGUAUCAGAGUAACAUCUGCGUAGAGUCUAUCGGAGAAAAACAGAAGAGGCCUCAAAAGGAAACCCUGAAGUACACCCUCUUCGGUCAAGAGUUGCUGAUGUUUCAUCUUGUGCUGGCAAAAUGAGUCGUCCGAUGAGUCAUUUUUUGGUUGGCAACCACCUGGCACGUUGACAAAGGAGAACGUAUUCUAGUUUCAGUUUUUUCGUGGCUUUUUCACGUAAGAGAAAUUAAGCAAGAUAUUGCGAAGACGGCACGCUCAUCUACUCCCAGAUCUUCCUCUUUUUCCGGCUUCUUCUGCCGGAAACUGUUAUGUAAUUUUCUCCCGGCGGGGAAACUGGCGACGCAAAUUCCAAAUUAGGGUCGAAAGCGCCUCCUAAUCUGCGAUUCCUCCAUACUGGCUCAUAAUCGUCGUAAUAUGAAGCACCUCAAAACUGAGAUGUUCUGUGCAACUGAGCUCGUUUUUAUUCAUGAGUCGUCUACUGUUUAUUGUUUUUCGACUUGUGGCAGCUGGUGGCUAUUAAAUACAAAUUCAAUAACAAAUUGCCUGCUGUUGGAAGACCAUAUAUGCUAAUUUUUAAAAAAUCUCUUUGUAAUUUAGAAACGGAAUCGUUAUUUUACCUUUGCAACAAGUUGAUAUUAGAAAGGUCCAAGCCUUUAUAAGAGAGUUUUGUCUUUCAGUUUCUUAAACAUUUUAUUUCUCUAACGAUUCUUAAAGGUAGAUUUCUUAUCUGAUAUUAGCUAUAAGAGACUACUGUUGUCUCCCUGGGAUUAACUCCCUGGAGGCCACUUAUAAAUUAAAAUUUCUACGUGCUUAGUUUAAAGGCUGCAAUAAUUUCAUAAAGUAAAGGGCAGAGUCUUGGGCAUCUGUGACUUGAUUUUAUUUCAGGCAAAUCAAGAACAUAAUAACAAGCGAUUUCAGCCAAAGAGCCUUGUCUUAACGGUCAUGAAAAGCAAAACGGAUCGUUUGCAAGCAUCUGUUUGUUCCAUGCGGAGAGAGACAUGUGGCGUGGCUUGCCUCCAGGGCAAUUUCUUACACAUUCAUUGAAAUUAGAGUGGACAUGCUAUGGCCGAAGUUCGCCAUGGUAGAAACUUCUCGAUUAUGUAUUGUUUACGCAACUGAACUGAAGAAGCCACUUAAAAAUUUGAACUUAAAGAUGUUUCAGCCGACGCAAUUAAUACCAUUGCGCAUUUGCCAAUUUGGAUUUGAUUAUCGCGUGGAGAAAUCCUCCUUUCGCUGUCAAUAGGUAACGCAAGGCUUCGGCAGUGUGUUUGUAAUGUAAGUACAGCGUCUUUCUUUUUCAUCCAGCAUCUCAUCAGAACUUGUGUUCAUCCAAGUUAUAACUUAUUUUCGGUUUCCACCACGGAAUCAAUUGAAUGGGAAUCAGAUAUUGUAAUGUUUUCAAUCGUGUGUAAUAGCCACCUGAAAAACACAUAGCAUCAUGCUAGGUUUUGGAAGGCCCAGUUUAUGGUACUCAUUUUCCUUUCCAUUACUUGACUUGACUUACCCCACUUACAGCAAACAUGAAAAAAAAAAUUGAAGAAUUGAGAAUUGAACAAACAGCACUCCAUUGAAUCGUAUGGACAUGCAAACGAAAUCUCCACGAAACUCAAAGGAGAGAAAUGGUUUUUACUCACAACAUGAAGCUAAUCGCAUGCAGGGUUUGUAAACUAAAGGCCUCAUGUUUAAGUCACCUUUAAUAUUUGUUGUUGCGUUCGCCUUGUUUCGUGUGGUAUUGCUGUUUUCUUUAUUAUUUUUCCUUUCGGUUAACUUCAUGAAAAUAGGUCCAUCGAAUUUGUUUUCAGGUCUAGUCGCCUGAGGCUAGUUUUUGCCCAUUGCCUGGCAGUUGCUGAUAAUUAAAAGCAGUUUUUAUUUUGAAAAAGAACAGUGCGGUUUUAUGAAUGCUGUUAACUUCCUAGAUGGUUUUUAUAUUUGCUAUUCGGUAGACUUGACAUGUUACGAGUUUCACAGAAGAAAAGCAGAAAAGCGCGCGGAGCCAGGUUUUAGCGACGAAGUUGCAAGAGGUCGUCCUUCGCCUUAAUUGGAGGCCAUUAGAUAGGACGAAGGUUGCUUUGCCGAAAGUGCAGCUAAUCCACCAGUCUACCUACUUGUCCAAGUAGUGCCGUCGGUAAUAGGGGUGUACAUUGUAAUCAUUGUGAUUUUUAGGGCGCAAGUUGAUUAUAAAACUAAAUUACAUGAUAUUAAUAUCAAAUAAUCCAGAGCUUGGCUGUUCUCUUUGGUUAGUCGUCAUGGUGGUUCUUUAGCCUUUUCAGCCUUGAUUUAUAAAUUUCUCCAUGUGGCGUUAGCGACAAUCAUCGUUAGUAUAUCCGGUUGGUGGAAUUCGUCGAUCAGCUCAGUCUAUCCAUCGAUUGUCUAAAUCAAAGUGGUUGACAUUUUCUUUGAAGACCCAGGCCACCAACAGCUGCCUGUGGCUAACAAACCUUGUAAAAUCUUGUCUCUUGGGCCUGACGAAAUGAAAACCUGCAUGGUGCAUUGCAUGUUUUUAUUCUCUCCACCAACUGAAAACCAUAAAGACACGAAAGAUUUCCAGAGACAAGUUUUCGCUUUAGUUUUACAAAUUAGGAAUACUUCAUUUAACAGUGAAAGCCAUACUCUCCAUAAAUGCUUCUCUUCCAUGCUUUAUAUUUUCCAGUAUCUGUUUUAAAAAAACAUGAGUUCACAAUGGAUUAACUUAAAACUGUUCCUUCCUUUGUGCCACCAGAAAUGUGGUUUUGUUAUGAACUCACCUAUUUCUUCAUCCAACCCAAGUCUCCGCACGAACCUUUUUGAAAUUUACCAAAAUGUGCGUUUCCCGCAAGUACAGAGAAUUUUUAGGUGAAACAAGCAGUUGUUAUACACUUAGUUACGUCAAUUUUCGUUUGUUUAAAAAGGUAGAUGGUUUCUGUUUGUACCACCCCGUAUCACACCAUGGUUUUAGUUACCCGCAAUUUACCCUUGUCCUGGUAUUAUCUAAGCCUGAAGAUUCAAAAACACACUGUUUUCCACUUUUCCUUACCUCUGUUUUUAAUCUGUGAUUCUUAGGAGCGCUAGCGUCUUUCUCUGGGUAGAGGCUUCCAGCUGGAUUCAACUUCGAUGAACGCAUCGAGAUCAGAAAUUAGUAUUUACAUCAUUUUCAGAAAGGAAAAGGAAUGAGGAUCCAAAUAAUAACAUUGUUACAAGUUAUAACAAUUCUGACCUUAAGCUUUACACUUUGCGAUGGAAACUGCAAACAGACUAAAGGAUCUUUAUUAGCAAUAGGAGUAUUUGAUUUCGAUGACGUUUCUUCAGUCAAGUCUUUCGAGAACGCAAUCUCGCGGCACAAUCUGUUGCGGCACACAGAAUGUAUCCCAGAACUUAAAAACAAGACAAUAAUUGUCAAGAGUGAGAUGAGUUUGCGCGAGUUAAUGGUUCUUGUUGACACAACGAUGCAGCAGGGUCCUUGUUUUAUGGUUUACGCCUCGAAAACUUCCAAAGCAAGAAUUUUCCUGGAUGUUGCGAUGUUUCAAAGAACAAACAUUAUCACAGCUGUGCAAGAGGUAAGGUCUAUAAUGUAAAACGUUCUUUAGUUUUUUGGCUUUUCAAGACUGAGUGUACAAAAUCUUGUGAACGGGAAAAAAUCAUUCAAUACUGCAUUUUUAUUCCCUUUAACAAAUAACUGUAACGCUAUUACUAGUUCAUUAAACUUCGAUAAGGAAGCUUAAGGAAAGGGUCUUUGAAUCUGCCAUUUUCAUAAUAAUCUCGAUAUUGAAGAACAAAUCGUUAUCUACAUUACCAGAAGUAUGCGUUUGGCCUAUGGCGUUUUGGCAAAUGGUAGUCAACUCUUUCGCUUGAGUCGACACCACUUCAAUUUCAUUUGGAUUAUACCAGGCACAUUAGGAAAUUUACUUAUACGGUUAAUCCAAUCUAUAAGAUUUUCAGAAGGGAGAUGAAACAUUUGGUGUAGGUUUAGUCAGGGAGUAUAUUGGGGAACUUUAGCAAAGGCGUUUUCGAGCGAUGCAGGAAUGAAAACCGAGAGUACUCUUAAUGUAUUCUUGGGCAGUAGUUUUCUCACUCAAAUUUUCGGGUAAACCGUCUCUGUAAGAAUAAAAAGCAGCGCAAAUUUGGUAAUGUCAAGGCAUAUUGAGACCCUCACUUCCGGUUGACGUGCGUUGUUAAAAAACGUCUUUGUUUAAGCUCCCUCUUUUUUCGGUUCACUUCCAGUUGACGCGCGUUAUUUCUUCUGUUCAUCACUAUCGUUUCAACUGUCAUGAAGCAGUUUUGAUUAUCAUCAUUUUUCGUUUUUACUGGCAAGAUCUAGACUUAUGUAUCAGUCCUCGAAAAGUCGUAUUGAACCAUGUGAUGAAAAAAGUCGCAAAGAAGACUUGAACGUUAUUACAGUCCUUUCUUUGUUCAGUUUAGUUCUUUUUUCCUACACAGCAAUAUAUCCAAAGAUACAAGGAAUCAACAGUCCGUGUAAACCAAAUAACAAACGCUGAAACAAAGAUAAGCGCCCUCUUGGCCUUUUCACAGUAUCUUACAGUGGCUAAGUUUGUCGCUAUCACAGACAAUGAUCAUGAAUCAACCAGCUUCGUGAUAAACCUGCAAGAGCCCCUUCGUGUCAGGAACAUGGAAAUGCUAGACUGGUUGGUGUUCACCCCAGACGAUUCCUCCGAGUAUAUAACCUUAAGAUUUCAAAAGUUACAGCACCGAAAAGUAGCUUUUCUCUUGGUUACUGACAACCUCACAUUGGCCCACAACAUUUUUUCAGGAGCUGGAGAACUUUUCUUAAGCAAUGAUUUAUGGAUAAUUGUAUCUGAUUUGGAUGUUAGAACGUUACUCGACUACUACUACCCACAAAAUACGUUUUCUUUGAACCCAGAAAAGAGUCAGGAAAUCACUACAAGUGGCUAUGUGGACGAUGCUGUUCACUCUAUUACUCGUGCUCUUGUUAACAGUCCAGACGACCAGGUUAUCGCAUGUCCCGAUGAACAGGAAAUGCGAAGGUCAGGUUAAUUUAAUGAUAAUAAUAGGACUGAUAAUAAUAAAUAAGAAGAUGAUGAUGAUGAUGAUGAUGAUGAUGAUGAUAUUAAUAUCUAUUAUUAUUCAUUCAACAUAUUUCGCCGUUUCUGUUUGGUUAAAAGACCCCGGCUAAUUGUUCAUAUAACCAACAGGUGUUGACCGCAACCGCAUUCAAAAGAUGCGAGCAAUAUAACAUCGAUUCCAUGGUAUAUUUGAUAGGAAGCGAGGUUGAUCGAUGGUAAAUUUGCUGGGAAACGAGGCUGCAUGGGCAAUAGACUAUCGAUCAACCACGUUUCCAGGCGCGGCCGCCUAGCUGUUUAUUUAUGGGUACACUAAAAAUGCCGAACACGAAAUAGCUGAAUUUCUGAUAAAGGGCCUCUUCACACGAGGCCGGAAGACCGGGCUGGUCCGUUUUCCGAGAUCUCGCCUUACCUUUAAAUCAGUCCUUUGUAAAUUUCGAUGUGUUCAUACGGAGGGGGCGAACUGGCUCGGCUCCUUAGAUCUUAGUUUUUACAACCGGGAUCUCUGCAAGGGCGCUGGAGAUUUUGCCAUAUGAACACUUGAGCCCGGUUACCGGGAUGAAUUCUGGCGACCCGGAUGGCAUCGUCUUGCUUUGCCUGCUGUAUAUUGCAGAUUAUAAGCAUCCCAUUUAACUGCAGCGAUACAGCUUAAGAGUUGCCAAAGCUGUGAUAGGCGCAAAAGUUAUAAUUUUUGUGUUUUUUUGCUUUGUUUCUCGUAUUUCGCGCCAGAACUCAUCGACAGGAUCUUUGGCCCUUUCUCAUCUCGGAAACCGGGCUGAAAUUUCUCAUAUGAACCCAAGGUAAAAUUGGUUCCGGUAACUGGGCCAGCCCGGUCAACCAGGCUCAUGUGAAGAGGCCCUAAAACUGAACGGAACAAGUGCAACAAUACCCAAAACAUAUUACUUGGUCAAUGCCAUCUAAUUUUGAGGAGUAUCUCAAACAAAAAAAGAUCUGUUGAUAUCCUGAAACUGUGACGAGAAAUAGGCCCAAGUUUAGCAGAAACUGAACGAGGAGGUCAUUAUGUAAUCAGGCUUUCCUACGAUGUGAGGAAUUAUGCACAUCCCGGAGGCUUAUGCAGAUCUCGGCCUUCGCCUCGGUGAAAAAACUGAGUCUCCUCAAUCUUCAUAGCUCUUCACAUCAUACUUAGCCUCAUUCAAUAAUAGAGAGCUUUAGAUUCUAAAACGAGAACGACUACGAGAACGAGAUUUUCUCAAUACUGAGUAUUGCUCGCGCGUGAGCCUGCGUCAUUUUGGCAGGAGAACGUGAAAGCCGUCGUCAUUCAAAUACCUUAUUAUAGGAAAUUAACGCUCCAUGAAAUUAAGAUAUUGGAAAUUAACGCGACUUAAAUUAACGCGAAUUUAAUGGCAAACGGCUUUCGAAUAAAGAAAAUUAACGCGAAAGAGGAGGUAGAAUUUCAUAAUAAAGGAAAUUAACGCGAUUAUCUUGGCCGAAAUCAAAGGAGAAGAUAUUGACAUCACUUCUGACAGCGACAACGAUGAACAUGAACUCGAAAUAUUGUAAACCUUCGCCUUAGCUUUUGUGAAAGAUGAAAAAUAAAGGGUAAAUGGAAAGAAAUAUUAAAGCUUGUAGUUAAUGUUUCUGGGCAGGUUCCAAAAUUGGGGUUAAAAUACUGGAAAUUAAGAGCGCGGAAAUUAACGCUGCACUUAAUUAAUGUCGCGGAAAUUAACGCUCAACAAAAUUAACGCGACUUAAAUUAACGCGAAUUUUAACGAUUCGCGUUAAUUUCAUGGAGCGUUAGUUUCCUAUAAUAAGGUACGAGUUUUAGCGAUAAUGCCGUAGUGGCGGAAACGAGUUAUCAAAUGUUACAAGUUUUAUCAUUUUGCGAUCAGGAGAGGGCUUAACCUCCUUUAAUAAAGAUAACAGUGCUAACUUUUCUGGUGAAUCAAAAGUACAAUGAAGCUUUCCGGCGUAUCUAUUUUUUGAGAAUAUAUACGUGAAAAAAAUUUUAAAGAAAUGUCGUACUCGGAGUCGUUAUCGUCCUCGAAUCUAAAGGUCUCUAAUUGCUAAUUAUCACACUAAAAGUUUUCUUAACUUUGAAGGUUCUACAGUUGCUCUGAAGAGGAUUAUCCAAUCACAACCUUUUUUUUGAAACAAAAGAUUGUCAAGUUUUUUGCAAACGGACGUCCAAUAACGUGCAAGAAAUAUGACCAAUCUAACUGCUAAAAAAGAUUAUUUUCCUGACCUGUCCUGAAAUUUCUCUCUUUUGUUAUUGGAAAGACUAUUGUGAAUAGCUCGAGCAAGGUUUCCGCGAGUACUCGCACUGUAGUAGAUGGCAGUAUGACAAUGAUUAAAAAAAAAUUCCAGUUUCAUAUGAAGGGCAUCAUCUUUUCAUUUUUUUCUUCAAGCAGAUUGCUUUCAGAAGUGGAUUUUCAUGGGUUAUCUGGGCCAGUUAAAUUCGAUAGCACAGGUAACAGAGUACCUCUUCGCUACGAUUUUAACAGGCUUCUCAUGAUAGAGGACGCUACUCAAAACCAUGACAUGGGUUACUGGUACAACGGAAAGCUUUUUCUUACGGAGCAAAACGACAAGCGCCCUCUUAAAAUCCUUGUUAACGAGUAUCCGCCGAUGGUGAUGUCUGAAUCAAAGCUUCCUGGUGAAACGUGUCAGUCUAUUUGGUCAAGAACCAAGCCGUGCAAAAAGACUAUCAAAACUCCAGACGGAGAUAAAUCGAUCGAACUUUGUUGCUACGGGUUUGUUAUCGAUGUAGUAGGGCUUGUCAUGACUAAAUUGUAUGAAUAUAGGGCGGAACUGCAUUUCACUUUGGACGGGCAAUACGGGGUAUUUAACCAAGAAAAUAAUUCUUGGGAUGGAGUUGUGUCGGAGCUUCUCGAAGGAAGAGGUGACGCAAGUUUUGAUUUGUACAUCAGCUCUCGUAGAUCUACCGUACUCGAUUUUACUGAACCAUAUGUGCCUUCUGGCAUUCGCCUUUUAGUGAAAGAAAUGGAGCGACAGGACAGCGAUAUAGUAUGGCUGUCGUAUUUACGUCCUUUCACGUCUCCCGUGUGGCUAACAUUGCUUGGUUCGUUAGGUGUGAUGAUCUUGUUUUUGUGGGGAAUUGACAAGAUCAGCCCUGUUAGAGGAUCGACAGAACUCUUUCAUAAGAAGUCUCUGUUUGGGAUCGACAACGCGAUUUGUUUCGCUCUCUCUCUUGCAUUUGGUCGCCCUGCAGACGAAUCAAAACCCACCACGGAUGGUGCUCGCUUGUCAUCUGUAGCAUUUGGAAUGGCGAUGCUGGUAUUCGUGUCCACGUAUUCAGCUAAUCUGGCUGCGUUUCUUAUUGUGAAUGACAAAACCACUCCAGUGAAGGAUAUUUACGACUUUAAGGUAAAUUAAGAUUUAAUACCUUCGAGCAAAAUGAGUCGUGUUUGGAUAAUCUGGAAACGGAAUAGCAGUGGUAAACUAAGCCAAAGUCUUAAUAGGCCAUUUUCUCCAUUUUUCCUUCCUCCACUUCCCUCUACAGUCAAUGAUGCUUCCUUGCCAACCACUUGUCAGUAGAAACAUUUCACUUCUUAAAAAAUGUUCGUAUGUUCCCCAUUUUUGAAUAAGAAAUAUAAUUUUAAAGCUUAUUGGGUAUUUCUCAGUUACUGUUACUAUUUCAAAUGUUUUCGCUGACGUCAUUGUUAACUGCACAAGUGUACACUCAAAGGUCAUAAUGACCACCUUAAAGUUUUAACUAUGGCAUGUGACGUCACAAUGCUUCAUGAGGCCAUCCUUCACUCCUUGGAAGAAAUGUUCUGGCAUUCAUACAAGAACCUUUGAAAAACGGUAGAGAUUCUUGAACAACAGUUAUUUUGCAUUAUACCUUACCAGUCCAAUUUGCCACAUCAUACCAGGAUUCUCCUUUAAUAUGAACCAUCAAGCCGACAAGGUUGGGAGCAAUAGCCUGCGGGACAGGCGCAAAACGGGAGUAGGGAGGGAGAGGGAAAAGCCGCGAAAGAAAAGGGAAAGGGAGCUUACCCUCUCUCCCAAAUCCUCCCAUUCCCCUUCCCCUUUCCACACCUGCCAUGGUUAAGCCAGACCAACACUUGGUAGCUUAUUUGGGAGCUUAAGCAACGACGACGGCGACCGCAACGAGGACGGGAAAAAAGCAAUAGGUUUAGAUUGGAAAAACAACAACUUUGCACGUGCACCACGCUUUUUUGCACAUUUCUUUGCUGUCGCUGCACGACUACAAAGUGAAAGUGCCUAAUUUUAAGUUUUGUCGAGGACGUGAACACAAGAGAACUACUUUCAUUUUCUUUUCCUGAACUUUGAUACAGUAUUUUAGAAUUUCAUUACAAAAAAAAUUGCCAAACAUUGGAGGAAUUAAACGAGAUGGAAUAAGUGCGAUAAAGUUUGAUGCAACGCGAAUUCACUUUUUAAGUGACGUUUUGGUAGCCGUCGCCGUCGUUGUUGCUUAAGUUCCCUAUUUACCGAAAUAGGUAGUCCCCUAUAGCUUCUUCAAUCCCGUCAUCCUGACCCAAAUUUUCCCUUAAUCCCGUCAUCCCGAUGGUUUUUUCCGACAUCCCGCUUUCCGUGCAUACUUUCAAUCCCGUAUCUCGCUUCCCGUGCAUACUUUCUAUCCCGCAUCCCGCAUCCCAUGCAUACUUUACAAAAGAAUCGGUGCCCAAAUUUGGAACUCUUUUCCUUAUUCGAUUAAAAUACUUAAACGUUCAUCCUUUCGUAAAAAAAUAAAGGAAUUAUUACUAAAUUUCUUGCCUCCAAAGAUGAUUUUGUCGAAGUCUCCCGUCUUAUUAAGUUAUUUAAUACUUUGUAUAGUAGUGUCUUCACUGUUAUUUAGUCCAUCUAUAUAUAAAUCUUGUUUUGUAAUAUGUCUUCAGCUCCCCCCGCCUCGAUUAGUUUAUAAACUAUUUGCGGGUGGGAAAAUAAUGUAAUUAGUUAUUUUCCAAUUUUCAAUACAAUUUGUUGUUGCUGUUGUUGUUGUUGUUGUUACUUUAAAUCCCGAAUCCCGCCCUGUUAUGAUUUAAAAUCCCGAAUCCCAGCCUUCAAAUAAAGUAAAUCCUGCAUACCAAAAACUCUAUUGGGGGCAACCUCGAAACAGACUGAAAUAGCGAAACAUGCAACGUCACACUUUUCUUCUCCAUUUGGCGUGGGAUAAAAAAUGUUUUCUUUUGUUGGAAAGUAAUUUUUUGGCGAAAGGUUUGAACCCAGGAGUGAUUUUAAAAAAGCGGGUUGGUUAUGAUCGUGCGGGUGAAUGUAGUCCCGAAUAGGACUGUUGUUGUUGACAAAGACAGACGUUUCGACAACCUGUGCGGUAGUCAUCUUCAGAGUCAAAUUGGUUGUAUCAUGUCAGUUUAUAGUAUUAAACUCUGGUAAUUGACGGAUUAGUCAAUUAAGCGGCGAUGUUAUUGGUCGUCUGUCUUUUUAGCCGUGAUGUUAUUGGCUAUGAAGACUCGUAAUGUCAUUGAUGCGUUUAAUUUCGAUCCUUCUAUUGUCACAGCUAAACGAUCGUUUAUCAUUAGUCACAUUGUCAGUUUUCCGGCCGUUCUCUCGUUAACAAGUCGUUUGUACGGUGCGGGUAACUGUUGACUCCGAUUCAGUGGAUUUUGUUCUAAGUUAAUAAACGAGCUUUCUAAAGUGAGUCGUUGAUAAUAGUCUGUAAAUAAAUAAAUAAAUAAUGAUUUAGAGGUAGAACAUCCACAAAGCGGUUCUUCGUCUACCUGAUCCCUGGUCGAAUUGGAAUCUGGAAAUGUUGGUUUUUGAGGAGAGGGGAAAACCGGAGUACCCGGAGAAAAACCUCUUGGAGCAAAGGAGAGAAUCAACAACAAACUCAACCCAAAUAUGGCGUCCACACGGGGAUUUGAACCCGGGCCACAUUGGUGGGAGGCGAGCGCUCUCACCACUGCGCCAUCCCUUGCUCCCGAGUCUGUGCAUUACGUGAUACAUAUCGCACAGUCCCAAUCGAUUUGCAAUGGUUGUCGAAACGUCAGUCACUGUCAGCAACAACAGUCAUAUUUAGGACUACGUUCACCCGGACGAUUAUUCUCAACCUACUGAAGUAAUUUUUUUGUUUGACAGAUUGAGCGUCCUCCAGAGGGCUUCAAGUAUGGUACCAUUAAGGGUUCCUACAUGGCAGAUUACUUCAAGAAUAGUAAUAACACGUAUUUCCGGCAAAUCUGGCGCCACAUGCAAAACAACAAUGUUAAGAAACUUGUAGACGGGGUGAAUGCUGUUUCAAACGGGUAACUUAAAUUUUAUACUUUUAAAAUCUUUUUUUUACUGUUAUCAUAAUUCAAAUUUGCUUAUCAACAUAAAAUUUGGAUGCGUUUGACAGAUAUCUCUAAUUGAGAGCUCAUCUGUCCAACAAAUCGAUCAGAAUGCUAAUGAAAAAAACGAAGUCAUAAAAAUAUGGUGAUAAAAAAGGAAGAAGGAGACAAGACCAAGAGCCACAGGUCUGGCUCAUUCCAUGCUUGGUGGUUGGGCCUUACCUUUAACCCCCGACAUCCAAGUCAGGCAAAAAAUAAUCAAAUCUGGCAAAAAAUAAUCAAAUCUGGCAAAAUAUCAUCAAGAGACGGGUACAGUUAAAUUGAAGAUUUAUAACUUUACAGCUGUUUCUAUUUUUGUAUUUACAUAGGAAACUUGAUGUAUUUAUUGCCGAUGAUGUUAGUCUGGAAUAUAAAUCUAUGAGUAAAUGCGGGCUCAAAGUUGUUGGAGAGCCAUUCGCAAUGUCGGGGACAUCGAUUGCGGUCAAGAAAGGGAAUCCAUUGUUUCAACAACUCAACGAGGCUCUUCAAACGGUAAGAGCCGAGGGACUAACGGACUUCAUUCAGACGUUUUGGGUCAAAAAAUAUGGAUCCUGCACAAGAGAAACUCCUCCAACUCAGCUGAAAUUGGAGGAUCUCAGUGGGCUGUUUCUACAGUUGACUAUAGCCAUUGUUGGCUGUAUACUGGGGACCAUAUUUCAUAGAACGUUCUAUUAUUUUCGAAAGAGAUGGUUCUACGAGGCAGAUGAUCUAGACGAUCCGUCGCGAUUCUCUCAACUAGAGACCCUCGUAUGAUAGAAAAAAGGUUUCAUAGUCGAGUAAAACUGGUCCUUUGCAGUUGAUCAGCGAAUUGAAAAUAUGUAUGGGCUAUCAUGAAAAUGCGCAGUCGGGCUUGGAAAAAACCAGAUUGCUUCAUCUUUCAAUUCGGCGUCUCCGCUUGCUUUAAGGUCCUCCUUCGACCUCCUAGUUCAUUGUCCUCCAGACCAGCGGCUUGACCGACCAACUGCAAAGCCGCAUUUUAGAAAUAUUAUCUCAGUCUGUCUAAAAAGUUGUGGUCGAUUGAAAAUUUCGGAAAACAGUCAGUUUUCGAAAUUCUACUGAAGCCAUCUACCAGGCAGUAAUUUCACUUGUAAUGUGAAAUUACGAAUAACUGUGCCAUGUGGGUCAUAGAAUUCAGAGGUUUAACCUGCCUUUUAGGGCGCUUUCCGUUUGUAAGAACUGGCGGGCUACACCAUUGCCGUUCUAUUGCCGGACCAGUCAUUUUAUCUGGGAAAUCGGCUUUUUCCAAGGCUUUUUGCUGAAAACCAUCUC